AUGAGAAUCAGCAAAACCUAUUUGAGUCUGCUCGUUGUCGGACUGUUUGGAAUCUCAAUGGUAAGCACCUCGCACAUCGAUGAUACGAAUGGUGAGCUGUCUAACUUUAGUUUCGACAGAGUAGUCUUUAGAACAGUGAAGGAUUGUUCCUUAGACAAGAUUCCUGAUAUCAAGUAUUUCCUUGAAGAAGAUGGCGGCAAGUACCCUAAGCUAGACAUCUACUUAUCAGAGGGUGAGCCAAGGUUUGAGUUGUCUAAGGAAGGCAAAGUAGUCGAUACUAUUAGAGUUGGCAGAUACAACAUCAAAGCCAUCAGAAACUUGCUGGCUGAGUUGGGAGUUAAGAGAGAUGAGUCACAUAGCUAUGAGAAGAAAGCUGCAGUAAUUGCGAUUGAGCAAGCAUUUAAGGUGCCUCAUGAGCCACCCCCCAAGCCUGCUGCAGCUGCUAAUGGCAAAGAAGAUCUUUGA